AUGGUCAUUAAAGUCGACAUUUAUAAAAAAGCCAAUGAGACUAAAAGUCCACGCAGAGAAGUAACAGUAGUACGAAAGAGACUGCGAAGUCUGACAAGGAAGAAAUUGAAGUGUGAAUUGCUCAUUGCUCAACGACGACGUCGAUCGACAAUGGUUCACGGAAUGAGAAGAUAUCGCAAAAAGCGUUUGAAGAAAUUCCCCCCAAUGCUGACCAUCUACGAAGAAACGGUAGCAGCAUUCGAUAAAGAACCUGACAGCGAGGAGGAUGAACUGUGCAGGCGUAUGGCGCGUCUUUGUAAGGGGGAUAGCUACGAGAUGACGUAUUAG